CGGUGCACCUCGUCUAUACGGAGCGACUGCGCGCCGCGUCGAGACGAGCGCACCAGAGCACUAGACCCGCCUCCUCCUCCUCCUCUGAGCUGUGUGUUUGUGCGUGUGUGUGCUGUGCGCGUCGCUCGCUCUUCGCUUCAGACCCAUCAUAUUCCACAGGGAGAGAGAGGGAGCAGGACCUGGGAGAAGACCGGAGCGACCAGGAACGAGACACGGGCAACGACACAAAUGGCACUCAUGGCACGGAUAUUGUUCAGGGCGAGCUCUUUUUUGCUUGGGAUUUGUACCUUUAUUUCGGCGGCACGGAUUUACCCACCCAACGAAGUCACGUUACUGGACUCCAGGUCGGUGCAGGGCGAACUGGGCUGGGUCGCCCACCCCACGGAAGGAGGGUGGGAGGAGGUGAGCAUUAUGGACGAGAAGAACAUCCCCAUCCGGACGUACCAGGUGUGCAACGUCAUGGAGCCCAACCAGAACAACUGGCUGAGGACCGACUGGAUCCCCCGAGGCGGGGCGCAGCGGGUCUACAUCGAGAUCAAGUUCACCCUGAGAGACUGCAACAGCCUGCCGGGGGUCAUGGGCACCUGCAAGGAGACCUUCAACCUCUACUACUACGAGUCCAACAACGACAAGGAGCGCUACAUCCGCGAGAACCAGUUUGGCAAGAUUGACACGGUGGCGGCCGACGAGAGCUUCACUCAGGUGGACAUCGGAGACCGCAUCAUGAAGCUCAACACCGAGGUCCGGGACGUGGGCGCGCUGAGCCGUAAAGGCUUCUACCUGGCUUUCCAGGACGUGGGCGCCUGCAUCGCGCUGGUGUCCGUCCGUGUCUUCUACAAGAAGUGCCCGCUGGCCGUGCGCAACCUGGCCCAGUUCCCGGACACCAUCACCGGCACGGACACCUCAUCGCUGGUGGAGGUGCGCGGUUCGUGCGUGGAUAACUCGGAAGAGAAGGAGGUACCCAAGAUGUACUGUGGGGCGGACGGAGAGUGGCUGGUUCCCAUCGGGAACUGCUUGUGCAAUCCGGGAUUCGAGGAGCGCAAUGCGGAAUGCCAAGCCUGUAAGAUCGGGUCCUACCGGGCCCUGGCGGCCGACGGGAUCUGCGCUAAGUGCCCGCUGCACAGCUACUCCACCAGGGAGGGCGCCACCUCCUGCGUCUGCGACAAGGGCUACUUCCGCUCCGAGACGGACCCCGCGUCCAUGCCCUGCACCCGCCCCCCGUCGGCGCCGCUCCACCUCAUCUCCAACGUGAACGAGACCUCGGUCAACCUGGAGUGGAGCACGCCACUGAGCUCCGGGGGCCGGCCCGACCUCACCUACAACGUGGUGUGCAAGCGCUGCGGGCCGGAGGGCCGCCACUGCCAGCCCUGCGGCAACGGCGUGCACUUCAGCCCCCAGCAGCUGAGCCUGAGGGGCACGCGCGUCUCCAUCAACGACCUGCAGGCGCACACCAACUACACCUUCGAGAUCUGGGCGGUGAACGGCGUGUCCCCGCAGAGCCCGGGGCCUGAGCAGGCCGUGUCCGUCACCGUCACCACCAACCAGGCCGCACCCUCUCCUGUGACGAUGAUCCAGGCAAAGGACAUCACCCGGCACACCAUCUCCCUGGCUUGGAACCAGCCGGAGCGCGCCAACGGGGUCAUCCUCGAGUAUGAGGUCAAAUACUAUGAGAAGGACCAGAACGAGAGGAGCUACCGGAUCGUGAAGACCUCGCCCCGGAACGCCGACAUCAAGGGACUGACGCCGAUCACCUCCUACGUCUUCCACGUCCGCGCUCGCACCGCCGCCGGCUACGGGGAGUUCAGCGCUCCCUUUGAGUUCAUGACCAACUCUGUCCCAGCUCCCAUCAUCGGCGACGGCACCAACUCCACCGUGCUGCUGGUGUCUGUGGUGGGCAGCAUCGUCCUGCUCAUCAUCCUCAUCAGCGCCUUUGUCAUCAGCCGGAGAAGAAGUAAAUACAGCAAAGCCAAGCAGGACUCAGACGAGGAGAAGCACCUCCACCAAGGAGUGAGGAUCUACGUGGACCCCUUCACCUACGAGGACCCCAACCAGGCUGUCCGCGAGUUUGCAAAGGAAAUCGACGCCUCAUGCAUCAAGAUUGAGAAAGUCAUCGGCAUCGGCGAGUUUGGCGAGGUGUGCAGUGGCCGCCUGAAGAUGCCGGGUAAGAGAGAGAUUUGUGUGGCCAUCAAGACCCUGAAGGCGGGCUACACCGACAAGCAGAGGCGGGACUUCCUGUCUGAAGCCAGCAUCAUGGGCCAGUUUGACCAUCCCAACAUCAUUCACCUCGAGGGCGUUGUCACAAAAUGUAAGCCAGUAAUGAUAAUCACAGAGUACAUGGAGAAUGGAUCUCUGGAUGCAUUCCUGAGGAAGAACGACGGGCGCUUCACGGUGAUCCAGCUGGUGGGCAUCCUCCGCGGCAUCGCCUCGGGCAUGAAGUACCUGUCGGACAUGAGCUACGUUCACCGGGACCUGGCCGCGCGCAACAUCCUGGUCAACAGCAACCUGGUGUGCAAGGUGUCCGACUUCGGCAUGUCCCGCGUGCUGGAGGACGACCCUGAGGCCGCCUACACCACCCGGGGAGGGAAGAUCCCCAUUCGCUGGACAGCCCCGGAGGCCAUCGCCUACAGGAAGUUCACGUCGGCCAGCGAUGUGUGGAGCUACGGCAUCGUCAUGUGGGAAGUGAUGUCGUACGGGGAGCGGCCCUACUGGGACAUGAGUAACCAGGAUGUGAUCAAGGCGAUCGACGAGGGCUACCGGCUGCCCCCGCCCAUGGACUGCCCCGUGUCGCUGCACCAGCUCAUGCUGGACUGCUGGCAGCGGGAGAGGGCCGACCGGCCCAAGUUCGGUCAGAUCGUCAACAUGCUGGACAAGCUGAUCCGCAACCCCAACAGCCUGAAGAGGACCGGGGGGGACGCCGCGGUCAGACCCCACACCACCCUGCUGGAGCCCGGCAGCCCUGAGGUCACCUCCGUCCCCGACUCGGCCUCCGUGGAGGACUGGCUGCGGGCCAUCGGCAUGGAGAGGUACGGGGACAACUUCACCGCCGCCGGGUACACCAGCCCGGAGGCUGUGGUCCACAUGACGCAGGAAGAAAUGGCUCGCAUCGGCAUCUCGUCAGCGGCGCACCAGAAUAAGAUCCUAACCAGUGUCCAGGGAAUGCUGUCCCAAAUGCAACAAAUGCAAGGCAGGAUGGUUCCCGUCUGAGAGGUCCGGGCGUCGCUCAUGAAAAAAAAGGAAAAGAUGGAGCAACUUUAUUUCAUAAGAAAAAACAGAAAAUACAGAAAAAAUUAUAAAUAUGAGAAAGAAAACUAUGAAGAGAUGGUUUACCUCAUCCGUGCACUUUAAAUUGGAUCUGAACAAAAAACAAAAAGAAGAUGAAGAAGAAGAAAAAGUUGUGUAAAUGGCACUUUUUGUAGACAAAGAACAAAAAUAUGAUCUUUAUUGCCCUUUUUUUCAACGGAGCGCAGGAUAUUUCUGUCUGCUGUGCUUGCGGCAGAGGGGCAAGGGAGGGAGGUGGGGGGGUUUGAUGGAAAAGACGGACACCCUGUCUUCCGAGAGGCCAAUCUGGAGUGCCUUCAACGGUCCGGAAGGAAUUCAGAGGGGGGGGGAAUAUUUACCUUUUCUUCCUCCCAGGCAAUAGUGUUGUUUUCUCUGAACCUUAUGUGGAAUAAUCCGCUAAACUGAUAUUUUCUCAACAUCCCCCCCCCCCCCCCCCCCCCCCCCGUAGCUGUGUUUGUUGUAUUAUAAAUUGGUUCUGUGGGUUGUGUCGGGGCUCACUGGCUACCCCCAACGGCACUCCCUCUCUCUCUCUCUCUCUCUCUCUCCCUCUCUCUCUCUCUCUCUCUCUCUCUCUCUCUCUCUCUCUCUCUCUCUCUCUCUCUCCCUCUCUCUCUCUCUCUCUCUCUCUCUCUCUCUCUCUCUCUCUCUCUCUCUCUCUCUCUCUCCCUCUCUCUCCCUCUCUCUCUCUCUUUGGGUUGGAUCUGCUUGAUAUCCGACAGACAAAAUGGAGGAUCCUUGCCCUCUGCGUAUAGACAAUACCUCUGGCGGAGAGCGAGACGGGGGAGCUGAAGCAGUGAACGCGCGAGGGGAUAAGCUUUUAGACAGCUCUGCACGAGAGGGGAAACCGGGGGAAGGGGGGAGGGGGGGGGGCUGGGGUUGCUCUGAAAAUGAGUUCUGUACUCCCCCCCCCCCCUAAACUCCUCCACCACACCCCCCACCCCACAAAACUGGUCUUGAUUUUUUCCCCAGGACGGUGGAUUUUUGUGGCCCUCAGGACAUCGGCAAGAAUGUCUCUGAUCUUCCAGAGGUGCAUUAUCAAAUCCCUCCCCCCCCCCCAUCCCCCCUCCCUCCACCGUUGCCCGUAGCCCCCGACAACCACCUCCUCUCUAUCUGCUCGAUGUUUCACCUCAGUGACUUUACCUUCAGGAUUCUAAUGAGGAUACUUCCAUUCAUCGGCCAAUCGGUACACGCCGAGGGCGGGACGCGCGGCCAUGUCCCGCCCCGGCCUUUUGACGGACGGCUGUGUGGUCCAGUCGACGUCGUCUGGGCUUUGUUAAAGCGGACCGGAAGCUUGAGAGAUGUUUGGAGUUUACCGAGGAUACUGGGAUGUGAUUAAAGACAACAUGUUUAAGGAUUUAAGCAUCACCAUCUUCAUCAUCAUCUUCAUCAUCAUCAUCAUACACAUCCCUGGGCCAAAUCACGAUGACCAACGGGAUGUCUGCUGGAUGGUAUCCAAUCCUCACCACGCUGCUGGUGUUGAUCACACACACACACACACACACAUACAGGAUCCUUUCUUGGUUUCUCAUUCUGGAGCUCCUCCCCUACUGCUGAACCGUACCAUAAAUCUCCAUCGCUGGAGACCCGUCCAGGUCGCGGCACCACGCCCACGUCAUGGUGCCCCGCCUACAUCGCGGCGCCACGCCCACCCGACACCUUAGCACCCGUGUACCGCUGCAACGACAAGCUCCAACCGCUAACGGAUAAACGCUCUGAAUGAUUUUAACAGCUUGAUAAGUAUACAUACAAAAAAAGAGAAUGUAAUAUAAUCUAGAAACCCUGCUCCGGUGGUCAAUGUACUUGUGUUCAUUUGUAAAGUUUCAUUUGAUUUUGUUUUAUUUUUUAAAGAUGAAUUAUUUCCUUUCCUUUGCAUGUAUAGUUACAUUUGAUUACGUGUGAGUAUUACUUCAGGGUGAAAGCUAUGUUGGCGCGCACACUUGUGUGCGUGUGCGUGUGUGUGUGUUUGUGUGUAUUAGAGAGAGAGUGAGUUUUUUUCUUUUUUUAGACUGAAUGCCUGAAGUAAUGUCCUUGACGUACUACCAGUAAUGCUAAAACUGUCUCCACGCCACUUUGGAGAAGGAGACUCAGAUGUUGUGUUGGUUUUUUGAUAUAUAAAAAGAUCCUCUCUGAACUUUCUUGCUUUUUUCGUGUCAUCCGGAACAGUUGUGUGAGGAUCUGACAGCAUUUAAUGACCAGCUUCUUGUACUCACGCACACGCACACACACGCACACACACACACACACACACACACACACACAAUCACUCACAGACACAUGCACGCGCAUACAUGCGUGCAGAAAAACAUUCACAUCGUGUCAAUUGUCCGCUGCCCGAUACAAUCACACCACCUGGACAGUCGACGUGGCGGAACUGAAACGAUGAGACACUCAACGCAACAGAAAGGAUCUGAAGUGGAGACGAAGCCACGCCGUGAAGGGAAAAUUGUCGUCUUUCCUUUUAUUUUUAUCCUUUUUUCUUUCUUCUCCUACUUCCACAGAUUUACAGUCAGGUUUACGUCCAGCGGACGUUUUUUGUUUGGUUUGCUUUUUUAACUGAAAGGAGGUGGAACUCACACGUGACCUUUCACAUAUCAAUCACUCAGCCCUCCUCCUCCUCCUCCUCCUCCUCCUCUGCUCCGUCCGUAAUGCCAGCUCAUCCUCUUCUGCAUUGGGCUGGUCUUUGUUUCUGUUGGGUUUGUCGGGCGGUGGUUUCUAUGUGGACAAAAGGACCUGUGUUUUGGAAAUAUGCAAGACAAGGCGGGAAGGCGAAAGGAAAAGCAGAAUGUACUGUAAGAUACUUUUUUUUUCUCCCUUUUAUUAAUGUUGGACGUUUUUGAUGAGAAAAAAAAGACAACAAAACAAAACAAAAAAAAGCUGGAACAAAAAGGCCCUUGAGGUAUGAACGGUGGGUCGUCGUGUAGCGCUCAGACGCCGUGCGCUGCGACCUAUUAGAUCUAACUUUUGUUAGUUUUUUGUUUUGUCAUUCAAUGGAUUGGAUUUCAUAUCUUUUGAUGUUUUUAUUUGUGUAUUUUUUGUUGUUGCUUUUUUUUCUUUGUCAAGAAAUUCUAGGUACAUGUAACUUAUGUCAUUUAUUUAUGGCCUUUUCUAUGUAGUUUGUAAAAUAAUAGCCUAAGUGAAGAAAAUUGAAGGGGUGCCAAAGCGCAUUCUUAUUAAAGUAGAAACCAUAUAAAGUU